AUGGGGAAAGAUCAGCCCCUCUGGGCAGGAGCGGUCGUGGCCUCCAGUACAUCAUGGAGUCCAGCAUUUAUUCAAGAGCUGUUGCCAGCGGCAAAAAAAACGUCCCUGCUGUACCACCAGUCCUAUCUGUGUCUGGCCAAAUUCCCUGAAUUAGAAAGACUUAUCCGAAGCAGAGCAGUGGAGACUCAGCUCCUGUUUGCCUCCUCAGAGGCCGUCCUGCUGAAGUGUGUGUGCACCAGUGACAACUUGGUUCAGUCACUUUUCCCCAUCCUCAAAGUGGCAGUGCAGAAGGACAAGUCUGACAUAGCAGUCAAGUACCUGGACAAGGCAAGGAAAUGGAUUAAAGAAAUCAUUGAUGAUGUGGACGAAUUAGUGAAAAAGUAUGAUGAACACAACAAAGCGGUUGCUAAGACCACUAGUGAUAUUGACACCAAAAAAACUGAAACAGACCAGAAAAUUAAAAACCAAACCAAAGAAAUGAAUGAUCUUGAGGCACAUCUGAAGAAGUGCCAGGAUGAUUUGACCCUUAAUGCCAACAGACAAUGUUCCGUUCAAAAUGAAUACGACAACACAAACAGCAACCUAGAAAGUGUCGUCAGAAGUGCGGCCUCACGGAACAAAGGGCUUGCCUUUCUAAUGUCUGUGGUACCCUUCUUUGGAGCCAUCAUCGGUGCAAUUCGAGAGAGAAAAGCCUAUGAAAAAGACAUGGCAAAGAUAAGGGUUCUGGAGAAUGACCUCAACAGGCUGUCAUCCGAAAAGUCUACACUAAAACAGGAAGCAUGGCGCAUCCAGGCUAAUAUGGCAGAUAUUCAGAUGAAACUGGCCAUGGCAAAAGUAGAGCUGGGCACAGUUCCUUCCACAGAUCACCUUGAGGACGUCAAAUGUUGCCUGAGCAGAAUCCAGGAAAUCCUGGUCCAGCUGCAAAAGUUCUGGAAGAAAGUUGAUGUGAUCCUGAAAUACCUUCAGGAAAAGACAUUUGUUGCAGAAGAUCUGAUUGACGUCCUACCAGAAUUUAAGACUGAGUUCUUGCACUCCAUAACUGUUGCUGAGCAGGUUUGGAAAGUCUUUGGCCAGAACUGUCACAAAGUCAAUGGCAUAUUCAGUGUCCAGUCCAAAGAUGCUUACAAAUUCCUGGAGUCCAGUCCUUCUGCUCUUUCCAAAGAGGAGUGGCAGAUACAGUACACAGCUGUGAAGAAGAGGAUGGAGCAGAUAUACUCUUCCCAGUCUGCCAUAGAGGAGUCUUCUGCCAUCACCCAGUGA